AUGCAGUCGGCCUGCUCCAGCAGCAGCGACGCCUGCACUGCCGGCAGCGGAGAGCUCUUCCCAUCACAGCCAACCGCAGCUGACGACGCAGGGGCGGGCACAGACCCGGCGGGCGCGGCGCGGGCCGCGGGGGAGUGGGAGGAAGGGCUCGGGCCGGCGGCCGGUGAUGCAGGGCGCGCAGUCGAGGAGGGUGUGGCCGCCCCAA